AUGGGUGGGAAGGGGGCAGCCUCGCCCCUCUCCACCAUGAACCCCCCUUCCUCCUCCUCCUCCUCCUCCUCCUCCUCGUCGUCGCCCCCGAAGGACUGUGCCAGUCGACAGUGGCUGGCAGGCGACGAGAGCCCGGCCAUCAGCGCGGUGAUGUUCGCCGCAGGAGUCCUGGGCAACCUGGUGGCCCUGGCCCUGCUGUCCCAGCGCUGGUGGCGAGGGGCCCGGGUGGGCGAGCCCUGGCCCGCCCGCCGUCGACAGCCCAUCUCCCUCUUCCACGUGCUGGUGACAGGCCUGGUGGUCACCGACCUGCUGGGCACCUGUGCCAUCAGCCCCGUGGUGCUGACCUCCUACGCGCGCAACCGGACCCUGGAGGCCCUGGCACCCGCCCGGAGGCUGUGCAGGUACUUCGCCUUCGCCAUGACCUUCUUCAGCCUGGUCACCAUGCUGCUGCUCUUCGCCAUGGCCUUGGAGCGCUGCCUGGCCCUGGGCCACCCGUAUUUCUACCAGCGCCGGGUGACCCGCCGUCGAGGCCUGCUGGUCCUGCCCGUGGCCUACGCCCUGUCGCUGGGCUUCAGCUCCUUGCUGCUGGUCGACGUGGCCCAGUUUGGGCAGUACUGCCCUGGGACCUGGUGCUUCCUGGACCCCCAGGAUACCGGCUUCCUGCACGUCUAUGCCACCCUACUGCUGCUGCUCAUCGUGUCCGUCCUGGCCUGCAACCUGAGCUUCGGGCUCAGCCUGGUCCGCAUGCAUCGGCGGCGACACCGCGGCCUCCGGGCGAGCAAAGGCCAGUGGGCCUCCGUGGCCCAAGAGGCCGACCACCUCAUCCUCCUGGCCAUUAUGACCAUCACCUUCGCCGUCUGCUCCCUCCCUUUCACGAUUUACGCCUACAUGAAUAAAACUUCCAUAAAGGAGGGAAACUGGGAUUUGCGAGUGCUGAGAUUUUUAUCGAUGAACUCCAUCAUCAACCCGUGGGUCUUUGCGAUCCUCCGGCCCUCCGUGCUACGCCUGGUGCGGUCUGUGCUGUGCUGUCAGAUUUCAUUUAGACCCCAAGAAGCCCCCCGGAAUUCCCUCCCCGUGCAGUCCAAAGCCGCAGAAUGA